AUGGGGCUGCAAGCGAGGCGCACGACGUCCCGGAGCCCCGACGCUGCGGGCCCGCGCCCGGCCGUCGUGCCGCUGCUGCUGCCGCUGCUGCUGUGCCUGGGCGCCUGUGGGGCUGCGGCGCCGGGCGCGGCGGAGGCACCCACCCUCUAUCUGUGGAAGACCGGUCCAUGGGGCCGAUGCAUGGGAGACGAAUGUGGUCCAGGAGGCAUUCAGACCCGGGCUGUGUGGUGUGCUCAUGUGGAAGGAUGGACAACGUUGCAUACAAACUGCAAGCAGGCUGAGAGACCCAGUAACCAGCAAAAUUGUUUCAAAGUUUGUGACUGGCACAAAGAGUUAUACGACUGGAGGCUGGGACCCUGGAAUCACUGUCAGCCUGUGAUUUCAAAAAGCCUAGAGAAACCCCUUGAGUGCGUUAAAGGGGAAGAAGGCAUUCAGGUGCGAGAGAUCAUGUGCAUCCAGAAAGAGAAAGACAUCCCUGCGGAGGAUAUCAUUUGUGAGUACUUUGAGCCCAAGCCUCUUCUGGAACAGGCCUGCCUCAUCCCCUGCCAGCAAGAUUGCAUUGUGUCUGAGUUUUCUGCCUGGUCAGAAUGCUCCAAGACUUGUGGCAGUGGGCUCCAGCACCGGACACGUCAUGUGGUGGCGCCCCCCCAGUUUGGAGGCUCAGGCUGUCCAAAUCUGACUGAGUUCCAGGUGUGCCAGCCCAGUGCCUGUGGCGCUGAACAGAGCAUGUACAGCUUGCAGGUGGGGCCCUGGAGCACGUGCUCGAUACCCCACUCGAGGCAAGUAAGACAAGCAAGGAGACGCGGGAAGAAUAAAGAACGGGGCAAGGACCGAGGGAAAGGAGUGAAGGAUCCGGAGGCCCGUGAACUGAUCAAGAAAAAGAGAAAUAGAAACAGACAGAACCGACAAGAGAACAAAUAUUGGGACAUCCAGAUUGGAUACCAGACCAGAGAAGUUAUGUGUACUAACAAGACGGGGAAAGCUGCUGAUUUAAGCUUUUGCCAACAAGAGAAGCUGCCGCUGACCUUCCAGGCCUGUGUGAUCACCAAAGAGUGCCAGGUGUCAGAGUGGUCUGAGUGGAGCCCCUGCUCAAAAACGUGCCAUGAUAUGGCAUCCCCUAAAGGCACCCGUGUGAGGACGCGGCUCAUCAGGCAGUUUCCUAUUGGCAGUGAGAAGGAGUGUCCAGAACUUGAGGAAAAAGAACCCUGUGUGUCUCAAGGAGAUGGAGUUGCCCCCUGUGCCAUGUAUGGCUGGAGGACUACAGAGUGGACUGAGUGCCGUGUGGAUCCUCUGCUCAGUCAGCAGGACAAGAGGCGGGGCAACCAGACGGCCCUCUGCGGAGGAGGGGUCCAGACCCGAGAGGUGUACUGCGUGCAGGCCAACGAGGACCUCCUCUCACACUUAAACUCCCACAAGGACAAAGAAGCCUCAAAACCAGUGGACUUGAAAUCAUGUGCUGGCCCUAUCCCUAAUACGACACAGCUGUGCCACAUUCCCUGCCCUAUUGAAUGUGAGGUUUCACCCUGGACAGCUUGGGGACCUUGUACUUACGAAAAUUGUAAUGACCAGCAAGGCAAAAAAGGUUUUAAACUGAGGAAACGGCACAUUACCAAUGAGCCCACUGGAGGCUCUGGGGGCGCUGGCAGCUGCCCUCACUUACUGGAAGCCAUUCCCUGUGAGGAGCCAUCCUGCUAUGACUGGAAAGCAGUGAGGCUAGGAGACUGUGAACCAGAUAAUGGAAGGGAGUGUGGUCCAGGCACUCAAAUUCAAGAGGUUGUGUGCAUCAACAGUGAUGGAGAAGAAGUUGACAGACAGCUGUGCAGAGACGCCAUCUUCCCCAUCCCUGUUGCCUGCGAUGCCCCGUGCCCCAAGGACUGUGUGCUCAGCACGUGGUCUGCAUGGUCGUCCUGCUCCCACACCUGCUCGGGGAAAACCACAGAAGGGAAACAGAUACGAGCACGGUCCAUCCUGGCCUAUGCAGGAGAGGAAGGUGGAGCUCAGUGUCCAAAUAGCAGUGCUUUGCAAGAGGUGCGCAGCUGUAACGAGCAUCCCUGUACUGUGUACCACUGGCAAACUGGUCCCUGGGGCCAGUGCAUCGAGGACACCUCAGUUUCAUCCUUCAACACAACUACAACUUGGAACGGGGAGGCCUCUUGCUCUGUUGGCAUGCAGACAAGAAAAGUCAUCUGUGUGCGGGUCAAUGUUGGCCAAGUGGGACCCAAAAAGUGUCCUGAAAGCCUUCGACCUGAAACAGUGAAGCCCUGCCUGCUUCCUUGUAGGAAGGACUGUAUCGUGACGCCAUACAGUGACUGGACAUCAUGCCCUUCCUCAUGUAAAGAAGGGGACUCCGGAAUCCGGAAGCAGACUCGGCACCGGGUCAUCAUUCAGCUGCCAGCCAACGGAGGCAAGGACUGCACGGAUCCUCUCUAUGAAGAGAAGGCCUGCGAGGCCCCUCAGGUGUGCCAAAGCUACAGGUGGAAGACUCACAAAUGGCGCAGGUGCCAGUUAGUCCCUUGGAGCGUGCAACAGGACAGCCCUGGAGCGCAGGAGGGCUGUGGGCCCGGACGGCAGGCAAGAGCCAUUACUUGUCGAAAGCAAGAUGGUGGACAGGCUGGUAUCCAUGAGUGUCUCCGGUAUGCAGGCCCCGUGCCAGCCCUCACCCAAGCCUGCCAGAUUCCUUGCCAAGAUGACUGUCAGUUUACCAGCUGGUCCAAGUUUUCUUCUUGCAGUGGAGACUGUGGUGCAGUUAGGACCAGAAAGCGCACCAUUGUUGGAAAAAGUAAAAAGAAGGAAAAAUGUAAAAAUUCUCAUUUGUACCCCCUGAUUGAGACGCAGUAUUGUCCCUGUGACAAGUAUAAUGCACAGCCUGUGGGGAACUGGUCAGACUGCAUUUUGCCAGAGGGGAAAGUGGAAGUGUUGCUGGGAAUGAAGGUACAAGGAGACAUCAAGGAAUGUGGUCAAGGAUAUCGUUACCAAGCAAUGGCAUGCUACGAUCAAAAUGGCAGGCUCGUGGAGACAUCCAGAUGUAACAGCCAUGGUUACAUUGAAGAGGCCUGCAUCAUCCCCUGCCCCUCAGACUGCAAGCUCAGUGAGUGGUCCAAUUGGUCACGCUGCAGCAAGUCCUGUGGGAGUGGCGUGAAGGUUCGGUCUAAAUGGCUGCGUGAAAAACCCUAUAAUGGAGGAAGACCAUGCCCGAAACUGGACCAUGUCAACCAGGCCCAGGUGUAUGAGGUCGUCCCUUGCCACAGUGACUGCAGCCAGUACGUAUGGGUUACAGAGCCAUGGAGCAUCUGCAAGGUGACCUUUGUGAACAUGCGGGACAACUGUGGAGAGGGCGUGCAAACCCGAAAAGUGAGAUGCAUGCAGAACACGGCGGAUGGCCCUUCUGACCAUGUAGAGGAUUACCUCUGUGACCCAGAAGAGAUGCCUCUGGGCUCUAGAGAGUGCAAAUUACCAUGUCCCGAGGAUUGUGUGAUAACUGAAUGGGGUCCGUGGACCCGAUGCACUUUGCCUUGCAAUCAAAGCAGUUUCCGGCAAAGGUCAGCUGAUCCCAUCAGACAACCCGCUGAUGAAGGAAGAGCCUGCCCUGAUGCUGUUGAGAAGGAACCCUGUAACCUGAACAAAAACUGCUUCCACUAUGAUUAUAAUGUAACAGACUGGAGUACGUGUCAGCUGAGUGAGAAGGCAGUUUGUGGAAGUGGCAUGAAAACGAGGAUGCGGGAUUGUGUUCGAAGUGAUGGCAAGUCGGUUAACCUGAAAUAUUGUGAAGAGCUCGGCCUGGAGAAGAACUGGCAGAUGAACACGUCCUGCAUGGUGGAAUGUCCUGUGAACUGUCAGCUUUCUGACUGGUCUCCUUGGUCAGAGUGUUCUCAAACAUGUGGCCUCACAGGAAAAAUGAUCCGAAGAAGAACAGUAACCCAGCCCUUUCAGGGUGAUGGAAGACCAUGCCCUGCGCUGAUGGAACAGUCUAAGCCUUGCCCAGUGAAGCCCUGUUAUCGGUGGCAAUACAGCCAGUGGUCUGCAUGCCAAGUGCAGGAUGCCCAGUGUGGCGAAGGGACCAGAACAAGGAAUAUUUCUUGUGUAGUGAGUGAUGGGUCAGCUGAUGAUUUCAGCAAGGUAGUGGAUGAAGAAUUCUGUACUGAUAUCGAACCCACUAUAGAUGGUAAUAAAAAAGUGGUUCUUGAGGAAACCUGCACCCAGCCUUGCCCAGGUGACUGUUAUUUGAAGGAGUGGUCUUCCUGGAGCAUGUGUCAGCUGACCUGUGUGAAUGGUGAGGACCUGGGUUUUGGUGGAAUACAGGUCCGUUCCAGAGCAGUGAUUAUACAAGAGCUAGAGAAUCAACAUCUGUGCCCAGAGCAGAUGUUAGAAACAAAAUCAUGUGAUGAUGGACAGUGUUACGAGUAUAAAUGGAUGGCUAGUGCUUGGAAGGGCUCUUCCCGAACAGUCUGGUGUCAGAGAUCAGAUGGUAUAAAUGUAACAGGGGGCUGCUUGGUGGUGCGCCAGCCUGAUGCUGACAGGUCUUGUAAUCCACCGUGUAGUCAACCCCACUCGUACUGUAGCGAGACGAGGAUGUGCAGUUGUGAAGAAGGGUACACUGAAGUCAUGUCUUCCAAUGGUACACUUGAGCAGUGCACACUUAUCCCCGUGGUGGUGAUACCCACUGUGGAGGACAAAAGAGGAGAUGUGAAAACCAGUCGGGCAGUACAUCCAACCCAACCCUCCAGUAACCCAGCAGGACGGGGAAGGACCUGGUUUCUACAGCCGUUUGGGCCAGAUGGGAGACUAAAGACCUGGGUUUAUGGUGUAGCAGCUGGGGCAUUUGUGUUACUCAUCUUCAUUGUCUCCAUGAUAUAUCUAGCUUGCAAAAAGCCAAAGAAACCCCAAAGAAGGCAAAACAACCGACUGAAACCUUUAACCUUAGCCUACGAUGGAGAUGCAGACAUGUAAACCAUAACUUAUCCUGCAACAACCAGUCUCAGCUUUCUACCUUUGCUGUAGAUAUCCAGAGGCCACAAAGCUAUUCAAACUGUAUGGAUUAAAAUACAUUGUAACUUCUUAAAAGAUCAUCAUUAAGAGUGAAAAUCACAGUGCCACUGGAGAUAUCAAGACAGUACCACUUACAUAGAAACCAUCAGCCUUGAGAAUUCUAGGAGAUUUAGUUGAAUACAUGCUGCACUCUGAGAGUUUCAUGUGAUCUUUCUGAAAUCUACCAACUGAUAAUUCACUUUCAUCUCUAAAAUACGGUGGUGGGAUUGGCCAGUUAGGAUGCCUGAUGCAAGCCUCUGUCUGCAGUUAACCAUAGUAACAUUUUCGCAUGAAGAGUUUAUACCAAGAUCUCUACACUACUAUAGUCAAACAUAACAACAUGUAUACUCAAUUGAUGAUACACAUUAUGUCAGAUUAUGUACUUGUUAAUAAGCAAUUUUAGCAGUGAAUAAACUCUAAACUGAGCAGAAAACCCACUGAAUAAAUUCAGCAUCCUGGUGAUUGAUGAUAGUUUCAUUGACCUGCAUUUCAGAGGCAAAGACCCUUUUAUAAGACUUAAUUCUUGUCUCUCUCCAAACUACAAAUGCUGGACAGGUACUAGUACCUUAGAAGAGUCCUCAAGUUCAGUAUUUUAUAGUGGUUAUUGUCUGGAAAACUAAUUUGCUUGUGUUAAUACAGUAUGUUUCUACUUUCUCUAAUUUUCAAACUGGUUGCCUGCAUCUUUUUUGCUAUAUGGAAGGCACAUUUUUGCACUAUAUUAGUGCAGCAUGAUAGGCACUUAACCAGUACUGCCAUAGAAACUGCCUCUUUUCAUAUGGAAUGAAGACAUCUGUGCUCAGAGUGUCAAGGAGACAUUUACAAGUUCUUGUGUCCUAAAGAGAGUAAAGUUCAGUUGGGAUGGCGACAGAAUGGAAUUAGCUAUUACAUCUGCUGCACACUUCCUCAUCACUGCAGCCAUUGUGAAAUCAACAACAUGGCGGUAAUUUAAGUGUUUAAAUCCCGAACUCACUAACCCUCCAAAAGAUGGAUCCCUCUAGUUGGUUUUUAAUUGUACUUUGAAGGCUGUUUAUGACUACAUUUUUAUACUUGUUAUCUUUGUUAAAAAAAGAAAAGAAAAGAAAAAAAGGAGCUGGUUGUCUUUUUAAUUUUGAGCAGAUGGAAAAAAAUGUGUUUGUGAUUUUUGUAACUAAAAGAAAUCAAAAUUGUGUGUUGAUUUUUUCUUUCUCCCUGAUUUGUUUUCCUAGUUUCAGAUGGAAUGUAUUUCAAAAUCCAUUGUUUUGUCUUUCUCACCAGUAAAAUUUGAAGCGAGUCUUUUUAAUGUAUGAUAUCAAAAACUAGAAGUUUUAAAAGAGAAUAAAUAUUUUGUCCAGGGCUUCAUUAAAUAUCUAGACCAAGGGUGGCACACUUUUUCUGUAAAAGGUCAGAUGGUAAAGAUUUUCAGCCAGGUCUAUGUUGCAACUUCUCCAUUCUGCCGUUGUGAGAACGCAGCCAUAGACAAUACACAGUACAGUACAUAAAAGAAUGAGCAUGGAUGUUUUCCAAUAAAACUUCCUUUAAAAGAAGUGAGCAGACCACAUUUGUUGUGGUUUGGCUGGUCCCUGGUCUAGAAGCUUUUUCAGUGCUAACUCACUCUCCAUUGUGUCAUCCUGAGCUUUCACUCAUUUACCCUCAGACUGCGAUCAGUGUUUAAUUUCAGAAAUGAAAAACGGUCAUUCAACUUAUCACUGUAUUGGAAGUAGCUAUAUUUUUCACAGAUGUAGCCCUGGGAAUGGCACAGUAAAAUGAUAUCUAACUCGGCUGGUUUCUUUCGUAUGAAAGGAAAAUUCAAAAGGUGCCAUUAAAAAGCGAUACCAUUUUUCAGGCAACAUUUAUUGUGACAACCUUUGGGAGACGGAAGGACGUUACGUUUUCAGGUCUUUAAAAAAUAGCAUCACAAGCUAUUCUGUCUUAAACAUAGCUGUGUUGCUAUACAAGUGGUUUGGACUAGAAGGUAUCUUACCUUCAUACUAGAGUUUGAACUGCCCCUACUGUUUGCUAGAGUAUUUGCAAAGAUUACAAAAGACAGAUUGGAAUGUCGUCCCUCAAAUAAACAGAUUUCUACAUAUUUCGAUAAGCAUUAAAUGUGGUAAGCACUAAUUCCUUAUUCAACAUUCACUGUAUUAAGCAACAUGUAAAUCAUUUCUAAGCAAACAUGAUGUCAGGAAAAUGAGAAUUGUACCUUAAACCAAGGAUUUGAACAAGGAAAAGCAUAAAAACAAUUCCAUUUCAUCUGUCUUAUUAAAGAGGAAGACAAAAAUAAUAUUGUCACCCUAAAACUGUGAUUGUCAAUAUAUGUACUCAGGGGUCUUCCAGAUAAUCCUCAAGUUGAUCUCUUUGAAUAAAAUGAACUCCAUUUGUCCAAAA